UUUCCCUUCCAUUCAGAGCACGCAGUUAUAUCAGUUAAAAAGAAAGAAAAAGGUUAAUAUAAACGCUAAACUGAAAUGAGCCUCUUCAGUUCAACAAGUACUUCAUCUUCUUCCUCUAAACCUGUCUUCUGUCCCUCACAAAACCCUAACAAAUCUAUCUUCUCCUUCAAAAUCCCAUGCAAAAUUCAUCUCUCUUUCCCUCCAUGCCACUCCCAGCAAGCCUUUUCUCCUUUACUCCUCGACCAAACGCAAAAUGCAAAAUCCAACAACAACCUUCCUAAUGUGGAAGAGAAGGAAGAUUCUCUGAAGAAAGUCCUUGCGGUUCGCCGCCCGGUUAAGGAGGUCUCGGAUGAUGAGGGUGGUGGUGAAGAUGGUGAUGGUGGGUCGUCAUCAUCAGCGAUCAUAGAUGCUAGUCUCAAUGAGUUAGCGAAAAAGAUGCCAAUUUUUGAGCCUGAGAGAGUGGACUCUGGUUCUCAAGAAAAGCUGCUUACAGUGAACUUGGACUUGGCAUUGUACAAAGCUAAGAUUUUGACCAAAAAAUUUAAAUAUCAAGAAGCUCAGGAGAUUCUUGAGAAGUGUAUAUCUUAUUGGCCGGAGGAUGGCAGGCCUUAUGUGGCUUUAGGGAAGAUUUUGAGUAAGCAGUCAAAAACAGCGGAAGCUAGAGCUGUGUAUGCAAAAGGUAGCCAGGCUACUCAAGGAGAAAAUCCCUACAUUUGGCAGUGCUGGGCUGUUUUGGAAAAUAAGUUGGGGAAUAUAGGGAAAGCAAGAGAGUUAUUUGAUGCAGCUACAGUUGCUGACAAGAGACACAUUGCUGCCUGGCAUGGAUGGUCAGUCCUGGAGCUAAAACAGGAUAAUGUCAAGAAAGCAAGGCAGCUGCUUGCUAAAGGUAUUAAGUUUUGCGGUGGAAACGAGUACAUAUAUCAAACACUUGCAUUACUGGAAGCUAGAGCUAGUCGAUAUGAGCAAGCUCGGGACCUAUUCCAGCAAGCUACCAAGUGUAAUCCAAAUAGCUGUGCCAGUUGGCUUGCAUGGGCACAAUUGGAGGUGCAACAGGAAAACAACCUGGCUGCUCGGAGACUAUUUGAGAAAGCCAUCCAGGCAAGUCCAAAGAAUAGGUUCGCCUGGCAUGUAUGGGGAGUUUUUGAAGCAAACAAGGGAAAUAUUGACAAGGGAAGGAAACUUUUAAAGAUAGGUCAUGCACUGAAUCCUAGGGACCCUGUUCUUCUUCAGUCUCUUGCUCUAAUAGAAUAUAGAUACUCAACUGCGAAUCUUGCUCGUGUCCUGUUUAGGAAAGCAUCUGAAAUAGAUCCAAGGCACCAACCAGUUUGGAUUGCUUGGGGGUGGAUGGAAUGGAAAGACGGAAAUAUAUCCACUGCAAGAGAAUUAUACCAAAGAGCACUAUCAAUUGAUUCAACUAGUGAGAGUGCUGCUCGGUGUCUGCAGGCUUGGGGUGUUCUUGAACAGAGAGUUGGUAAUCUAUCAGCAGCUCGAAGGUUAUUUCGAUCCUCACUGAAUAUAAAUUCUCAGAGUUAUAUUACAUGGAUGACAUGGGCACAGCUGGAGGAGGAGCAAGGAAAUUCUGUGCGAGCUGAGGAAAUCCGUAAUCUCUAUUUCCAGCAGCGAACUGAAGUUGUUGAUGAUGCAUCCUGGGUUAUGGGAUUUUUGGAUAUUAUUGACCCAGCACUAGACAGAAUUAAGAAACUAUUGAACUUGGAACGCAACUCAUACAACAAAGAACCUUCAAGAUAUAAUCCAGGAGUUAACGAAGAUGACACUGAUGAGGAAUCAGCUGGCACUUCCCCAGGUUCAUAUCUUAGCAAUGACUUGAAAGGCCUUAAAGGAUUUGAUUUGGAUGAAUUUGUCCGGGACAGGUUGUCUCUAGACCCUGAUAAGCUUGACGUUCUGCUUGAAACGGCAAAAUCUUCUGUGUCAAGAAGAGUUAAACCUUCAAGAAAAAUAUACGGAUCAAGAAACAAAGUCGCAGCAACGCAGCCUCAAACCAAUAUUUAGUCAGUAAAUGUUGAUGCUAUAAACACGUAGAAAAUUCUACCUAAAAAUUUGUGCAGGGGGAAAGAAGUUUUGGACCCUCCUGCGACUAUGUUUGAAUUUAGGUACAUCAUCAAAGCAACAACAGAUUCAUAAAUUAAAAAUGUAAACUAUUGUAUGCUGAUGAAAGUGUAUUAAAUUGAGAAAAAACCUAGUUGGUCCGUACCAUGUAUUAAACCAAUCAAAUGGAAGAACAUGCUUAAUUCUUAAA